AUGUUCACUGAUGAUUGCACAGAGUUCAGCAUCAUCUGUGACUCUGAAGACAAUGAAGCAGUCCACAACCAACUGCAGCAAGAUCUGGAGGGAACCCGGGGGGUCUGCAUUAAUGCGGGCAGCGGGGACUGGGCGGUGCGGGGACUGGGCGGUGCGGACACGGUGGCCAACCUGAGCCAGUGCAGGGGUCCAGGAAAGGGAAGCUCCGCCCAGCGGGAGUGCCGGGGGGGUGGGGUGUGUCCCGGGCGGGGGCGGUCUCGGGAUGUCCCGGCUGCCGGGGUUUCCCGGGCUCGGGGCCAGGAGCGGGCGGAGCGCCUGGAGUAUCCGUGGUUUCGGAGCGGGGGCGGGCGCUGUUUAAAUGGAGCGGCGCGGGAGCAGCGGCAAGAGGCGAUGGACAGGAGCGGGGACGCGGCGUGUGUGCGGGUGCUCGUUCCCGAGGAGCGGAUUGUCCGCAGCGGCUGCGGCCGGGAGCGGGUGCGGGAGCGCGGAGUGGCGCUCGGGGCAUUGGCGGUGAUCGGGGCCGUCGGCAUCUACCUGUUGCUGCAGCACCUGCCGCAGAGUGGGACCCAGAACAGCCCUGUCACCAGUGAAUCUCACACAGCCGUGGACAAGCCCCGGGCACAUCUCACAGCCAAAGAAACUAGUGGUGAGCUCUAUGAUCUUCAGUGGGAAGACAAGAAUGGGCUGGCCUUUACAAUGGGCGAGAUGAAUUACCAGAACCGGUCUCUAAUCAUUCCAAAACCUGGAGACUACUUUGUGUACUCUCAGGUGUCAUUCAGAGGGAUCAGAAGCAACGAGUGUGAGCAUGUCACCCACACUGUUAUCAAAUGGGCUCUGAGCUACCCUGAACACAUCCAUCUACUCAGCUCCACCAAGUCGAUCUGCAGCCAGAAGAGUCCGUGGUUUGUGGCCAUCUAUCUGGGGGCUGUAUUCCAACUGGAGAAGGGAGACAGGUUGGUUGUACGCGUCAGCAAUGUGACUCAGGUGGACUUUACCCAUGAGCAUAAAACCUUCUUUGGUACCUUCCUGCUGUGAUUACUCAGUUAAGAAGUGCUGUAAAUGCAGAUAAGGGAAAUUAAACAUACGUUCAGAGGGCUCCAUAGAGAACUUGAUUGGAUCUGUAUCCUUAACCAUCCAAUAAAAAUAUUGGGAAUAUGAUUUGUUCACCUAAAUCUAUUGCAGUCGGAAUCGUUGGUUGCCCUUGUAAAUAAUUUACUAGCAUAAAGUCAGCUGGAGGCAGUGGGAAGGGAGUGACUGAUCACACCACUUGUACAGGAAUGUACUAGCUCUCUGCCUAGUUGUGUUAAGAAAGGGAAAGCUUGAUAAUGCAACAGUAGAAUCCAGAGCACAGCACUGAAAGUUCAGUGUCUCAGAAUUCGGUGGGCAGAAUAGGAGCCGGCAGUGCAAACUGAGAGAUUGUUUAAACAGUUAAUAGUUAUAGAACAAACUGCACGAAGAUUGAAGCAGCUUUCAAUGAGCCAAACACUCCCUGCUAUUUGAAGUGUCUGACUGUGCCAAUGAAGUCCGUCUGUGAUGUAACUUUAAUUUCCCUUUUUACUGUUACUAACUGGGGGAAAAACCUCUUGAUUUUAUAUUUAGUGAAAACUUCUGUAUGCCAUAGUUCAGAGCAGUAACAAGUGACACUAAGGUACAACAAAAGAGAAUAUUCAGUCAUCAAGGCAAAUGACAGAGAUCCAACUCUUUGCUCCACUGAACCGCCGCAUGCUUGACGCAAUCAAAACCAUACUAGGCCUAUGUAUAUUACUAGUAUAGGCACUUGAUUGUAUUGAAUUGUAUUGCUGGGCAAUAUUUAUUUUCAUGUUAUUUAUUUACUAUCAAAUGAUGGCCCUGCACUUCAGAAUGAUGUGCAGCAGAGCGAGUGUAGAGCUUAGUUACUAAUGUUACUAGUGGUACUAAUGUUACUAGUGGUACUUCAGGGUAUGAGUUGAAAAGGUUGUGUGAAGUCCAGAACAACUGAAUCUUCAGCAUCAUUUUGUUCCUGCAAGUGUUGUAUCCAUUAUAUAUUCCAAUUCUGAUGUGCAUCCAAGCCUCAGACCUUCUGUGCAUUGUUUUAUAUUAAAACCUGAACGAUUUAAUGGAUAUUUUGCACUUUGUGUAAACAAAUACUUGUCUGGUAUUGUAGGACAUUCUAUUAAAUGACUACCAUUUAUUCUGUAGAAUUUUUAUCAAGAUUCCUGAUUCUUAACAUUCUGAAAGCACUAAUUUAAAAGUUAAUUUUUCUUCUGUUUCAAAGAAUGUAAGGUGCAGAUAGUCAGAGCAGAGAGAUCUUGCAUUGGUUCAGUAGAUCCCGCAGCCAAGUGGGAAGAGCAAGGGUGGUUGGGGUCUUGGGUGACACUGCUUCUGGUUGUCAUUUAAUGACUCCAAGUAAAAAUUCACAUUUGUUGGGCAUUGAAUGAGAACAGUCAAGCUCAAUGGUGCAACUUCACUGGCUGAAUAAUCUGUCACGAACAAGUGAAUCCUGGCUGGGGUCAGUGUCUCCAAGGGUUUCAGACUAAUAGCAAAUCGAUGGCUGGAGAUAAAUGGAAUGAACACAAUACUAGUCUGCACCUCAAAUUGUUCAUGUUGUGCUUUGUUAUAUUUAUAAUUUUUGUAAGAGAUUUGACAUUUUAUUAAAGACUAAUCAAGAAUACUUUCAU